AUGUCAUUCAGAUCAGCUACCAGACUCUCCACUCGUCUCGCUUCCGCUUCCCGCGCUACCUUGACCGCUCAACCGGCAGCUAGGAGGUACGCAUCUACCACUGGACCUCAAAAGGGGGGUGAUACCACUUGGAUGAUCGGUUCAGCCGUCGUAUUCGGUUCUUUGGGUGCAUUCCUCCUUCUCCCUUCCAAAGCUUCUUCCCACGCUGCUACUCACUCCCAAGAACAUGCCAAAGUAAGAGCAGAGAUCAACGAGUCUGCUCCCACGGUGAAACAAGGAGAGGCUGUUCAAGCUACAGAUUCUGGUAAAUAUUCACCUAAAACCCCUGAUCCUUCAGGAAUUCACAAAAGUGCAGACAAAGCCCCAAGCGAAAUCCCAGUGAAGAAGGACGAGUCUAAGACGAUGCCUGAGAACUUGAUCGAAAACGAUUCGUUGAAACCUGAAUCUAAAUCUGGAGGUAAGGACGCCAACGAAGUUGCCAAAUCUCAAUCUUCUUCUGAAGAUAAACAGGACGCUCCUGGUACUGAAGAAGACGAAGAUAAUGCUGCUGGAAAGGAACAAGGUGAACCCACUCAGAAAGAAAUCAAGGAUAGUAUCCUUAGAGCUGAGCGAACAAACACUCCCAAAGCAGCUAUGAGCGAAGAAGCCAAGGGUCACGAGACUCAAGCUGAGUAA